AUGAACCCUGAACGCCGUGAAGCGCUUACUUGGGAGAUAUUCAAGGAAGAGGUGUACAAUAAGUACGUUCCCAUGAGCUAUAGGCGAGCAAAGGUAGUUGAAUUCCAUACUUUAAAGCAAGGGAAUAUGACGGUGACAGAGUACGACCGUGCACUAUGUGAAAUUACUCGAUAUGCUCCCGAGUUGGUGGAUACAGAUGAGAAAAUGGCAGAAAAGUUUCGUGCUGACGUGGAAGAAGCGUUGCCUAAGGAGACGACAGUAGCAAAUACUACACCAGUGCCACUUCAACAACAUAAUUUCAGAGAUAAGAGGAAAUGGGAUGGAGAUCGGACUCCAUAUGAUAACAAGAGGCAGCAACCCAUCAGAAACCCACCGCAAUAUGGAGGUAGGAAGAGUGCUCCCUAUCAGAGGGGUGACUUCCGGCCUAGAGCCCCCCAGUGUGCUAAGUGCUUUAAGAACCAUUUUGGGGAGUGCAGAGAAAAGAGCAAUAAAUGCUACACUUGUGGUGGAAAUGGCCACUUCUCAAGAGAAUGCCCGAGUAAGAUUAUGGGGAUGGGAGCAGGACAGAACAAUCAAGGGUUCCGUCCGCAAGUGCGGGCACUACAAGCCGAACCGAGGGGAUACUUACCCGCACCACAGCAGCAGCAGCAACAACGUCGUCAAGGACUUCCCACUCAGGCAAGGGCAUAUGCUUUAAAAGGGAAACAGCCGACGAACCAGCAAGGGAAUCAAGAGCAAGGAAACUUGGCAGGAUGGGAAAGUGAUUGCGUAUGCAUCAAGGCAGUUGCGGCCGCAUGA